AUGCAGGAACAAUUCCAAUCCAUAAAAUAUCUUUCAUUGUCGGCCUACCAACUGUGCGAGCCCGAUGAGUAUACGUAUAAUACUAUAAUUAAUGGGUUAUGCAAAGCUGGAGAUAUUCUACAGGUAAUUGAUUUGCUCUGCUCAUUGGAAAAAGGAAAAGGGAACUGCAAACCCGAUGUCUAUGCUUACAGCAUAGUCAUUGAUAGUCAGUGCAAGGAAGGAAAGGUGGACGAAGCUCUCCAACUCUUUUCCACUUUGGGUGAUAAGGGGAUUUCACCAAAUGUCGUGACAUAUAGUUCAAUAAUAGAGGGGUUGUGCAAGCUGAGAAGAAUGGACGAGACUCAAGACAUUUUAAGGAAGAUGAUAGCUAAUAAGGUCUACCCAAAUGUGUGGACGUGUAGUAUCUUUGUGGAUGCUUGGUGCAGAGAUGGAAUGGUGGAAGAGGCUGAACAUAUGUUGGUAUCUAUGAAGAAGAUUGAUGUUCAACCCAACAUUGUCAUAUACAAUGCAUUGAUUGAUGGGUACUGUUUGCAAGGAAAAGUGGAUGAUGCCGAACGCAUUUUUCAAUUAGCAGUGAAUUCUGGAAUCAAUCCCGAUAUCAUAAGCUACACUAGCUUGAUGAACGGGUAUUGCAAAAUUGGGCGAGUUAAUAAAGUUUCGCGUAUUUUUAACGAAAUUCGCACCGAAGGGUUAGAGCGCGAUGUUAUUUGUUAUGGAAUAAUGCUAGAGGCGCUAUUUCGUGAAGGCAGAUGCCAGGAUGGCUUGAAUUUGUUCAAAGAGAUGCAAACUCUAGGAUUGUCUCCUGAUGUCAAGACUUACAAUAUCUUGUUGGAUGGUCUGUGUAAUGCUCAUCGUAUCACUGAAGCAUUUUCCAUAUUGCACACCAUGGAAGGUAAAUGCAUCGUUCCAGACAUAGUAACAUUCAAUAUUCUCAUUGAGGGAUUGUGCAACGACAACAAAGUCAGAGAAGCAAAAGAUCUAUUUGACAAACUUCCAUCCAAAGGUUUGCAGCCUGACGUCAUAACUUAUACAAUCCUUAUCGGUGCACUUUGUGAGGAAGGGCAGAUAGAGGAGGCUAAGGAUUUGAUGACGCAAAUGGUAAGCAACGAUUGCUUGCCUAAUAGUGUAACAUACAAUGUUUUUGUUCGAGGUCUUCUGAAAAUUAACAAGAUGCUUGAUGCAAUGCCACUUUUGGAAGAGAUGGAUUCAAGGGGAUUUACACUUGACAAAACUGCAUAUUCGAUGUUGAUUGAACAUGUUAAAAUGGAAGGUAGAGAUAGUGUUCUGGUUGAUAAGGUUAAGAAACUUUUACCGAAGGACUUCUAUUCUAGUUAGGUUUUAUGUUGUGUUUGUCGGUCAAGAAUUAUUACAAUAGAGCUUAAGGGGAAAGUACAUUUGCUUAUUUGUUUAUUUAAUCUUUAUGUUAUGAUGAUUUAAAAUGUUUCAAUUUUGUAGUUGUGAUGUUGUUUAUUUAAUCUCUAUGUUUUCUACAUAUAAUAAAGUGCCCCUCUCUCUCUCUCUCACCUAUGACACACACAUUUGUAGUAGUAGGCAAUGACACUGUGGGUGGAACUGUUGCUCAACUUCUGCAUUCAUUGUAUGUGCAAAUUGGAGCUACAUUUAAUUUAGUUUCACUAUGUAAGAAUUAUGUAUGUGAAAUCUUGAUUGAAAUCGAGAUCUCUCUCUGUUUUGUCUGAGCUUGUAAGUUGAUGUGUGGCGAUCUUUAAGUGAGCUUUGAACUCGAGGCCCUCCAAUACCUCCAGUGGUAUCUGAGGUUCAUUUUCAUCAUUGAAAACUGAGCAUCGAAAAUAAUAAGCAAUUUGUUUUCUUGGGGAGAAAAAAAGAAACACAGAAAAUGCAUCACCUUGAACAAGAACUGCCGCAAGAAACAGUAUGAAUAAGAACAAGUGAUGGAAGGGAUGUCAAUGGGAGAGAGAGAGAGAGGUUACUGCUGAGCUCUAUCUGUGUAUUAAUUGUUUUUCACUUGUCAAUAGUUUUUAACUGCCUCCUGUUUGGGAAGCACGACACAGAUUCUAAAGGAUAAGGGCAAUGUUCCUGUUUGAGGCAACACUGACCCCACCAAUCGAAGGCUAUAGCGAGAAGAUCAACGAGGCAACACGGAAGAGUGUUGAAGGGAAGAAGCGCAGAUGAUAAGAGAUGACUAACGGGCCUUCCAACGAUAGGGAGCUAGUUGUCUCUCGCUAUAAACCUUGUUGUGUUCUUGUAGUCGAGCAGAAAAGAGCUGGUGGGAGACAUCGAAGAAUUAAAGAAGAAGAUCACUGGUUCGGAGCAGAAUUCCUCGAAGAAGUCUGCCUGCGUGUUUCCUCGUCUCAACCUUAGAUAGACUGUUUUGUGUAAUCUGCAGAAGAUGCAACUAGUGUGUGUGAUGUAGAGUAGGCCCUUGUGUAUUUUGCCUUUGUUUCGACACAUGCAAAUAAUGUUCCAUUAAUUCUCAUUAAACAGCUUUGCUUGUUGAUUUUUGCUUAUA